AUGGAACUGGAACAGGAAGAGCAACAGGGAGAAGGACAGGGAUCGGAAACGGCAUUCGACGAACGCCGCUCGAACGCCGCUCGCCCACCUAACCAGCCCCACUCACCCCUUUCAGUGAGGGGACGGUCCGGUCCGGUCGAUUGGAUCGGUUCCCAGGGUUUUGUGACGAACUACUGCUCUGCAGUUAACGCCGAAGGCAGUAAAUAUAAUAACGCUCUACGGAUUGCUCCUAACUAA